GCCACUGAUUCAUUUUGCUGCAAUUCUUUCUGCUUUUUCUUUUUCAAAAUUGGGGCAUACCGAUGCUAUCAGUUUUGUCAAGCACAUGGCUUAGUUCAGCUGAAAGCUGUAUGUACCUUGCACAGAAGUCUGUACCUGUUUCAGCGCCAAGCAGAUGUCCGAGAAAUGGAGAGACUCCAGCUAUCUACAGGCUUAUUGGAAGUGCAAUAAAACUGCCUAUUGCUGAAUCAGUGUUUCUCACAACCUGAACACUAAUGGACAAUGAUUCAACACUUCAGCCAUUGAAACCAGGAAAGGGCAGCCUAUGGUCAAGUCAACUUGUCAAUAGUUGAAGAAGAGUGCGCCCGACGAGUAAACUCAUCCGUCGUAUGUGCAGUGUCUGGAGAUGACAACAAAGAGAAAACUUAUUGGCCGCCUGGUGCCCUGCCGAUGUUUCCGGGGUGAAGAAGAGGUCAUCUCAGUAUUGGAUUAUUCCCACUGCAGCCUUCAACAUGUACCAAAGGAGAUUUUCAAUUUUGAACGAUCUUUGGAAGAGCUCUACUUAGAUGCUAAUCAAAUAGAGGAGCUUCCCAAGCAAUUGUUCAACUGCCAAGCUCUCCGUAAACUAAGUGUUCCAGACAAUGAUCUUUCUAAUCUGCCCACCACCAUUGCCAGCCUGGUGAAUCUAAGGGAACUAGACAUCAGCAAAAAUGGUAUUCAAGAUUUCCCAGAAAAUAUUAAGUGCUGUAAAUACUUAUCCGUUAUUGAAGCCAGUGUUAAUCCCAUUUCCAAACUUCCAGAUGGAUUCACCCAGCUGUUGAACUUAAUGCAACUCUACCUAAAUGAUGCAUUUCUGGAAUUUCUUCCAGCUAAUUUUGGAAGGCUCACCAAGCUUCGCAUUCUAGAGCUGAGAGAAAAUCAUUUGAAAACUCUACCAAAGUCAAUGCACAGGCUGACACAGAUAGAUCGAUUGGAUCUGGGCAGUAAUGAAUUCACAGAGCUGCCUGAAGUCCUGGAACAAUUGCAGAGCCUGAAAGAGCUGUGGAUGGAUAAUAACUCAAUACAGACAUUGCCUGGGCCUCUAGCAAAGUUGAAACAUCUGACAUACUUGGAUAUGUCAAAGAAUAGAAUAGAAAUGAUUGAGUCAGAUAUUUCUGGAUGCGAAGGCCUGGAGGACCUCCUGCUUUCAUCCAAUCUGCUGCAACAGCUGCCUGACACCAUAGGAAUAUUGAAAAAACUUACAACAUUGAAGGUGGAUGACAACCAGCUUAAUGUUUUACCCAAUGCAAUUGGAGGUCUUUCUGUUUUGGAGGAGUUUGACUGUAGUUGUAAUGAACUUGAAUCCCUCCCUCACACCAUUGGAUACCUACAUAACCUCCGAACCUUUGCGGCUGAUGAAAACUUCUUGGUAGAGCUGCCUAGAGAGAUCGGAAGUUGUAAAAAUGUAACUGUCAUGUCUUUACGAUCAAACAAACUGGAACGGUUGCCUGAAGAAAUUGGACAGAUGCAGAAACUGAAAGUAUUAAAUUUAAGUGAUAACAGGUUGAAGAAUUUGCCAUUCAGUUUUACUAAGCUUAAAGAGCUGGCAGCACUAUGGCUAUCUGAUAAUCAGUCCAAGGCUCUAAUCCCUCUGCAAACUGAGUCUCAUCCAGAAACAAAACAGAGAGUGUUGACAAACUAUAUGUUUCCACAGCAGCCACGCAACGAUGAAGUAGAAUUCCCUUCGGACAGUGAUAGCUUCAAUCCAACAUUGUGGGAAGAACAAAGACAACAACGGAUGCAGGUCGCCUUUGAGUUUGAAGAGAAAAAGGAAGAAGAAGAUGAUUCUGGGAAGGUUAAGGUUGAAAUAAACCUUAAGCGUUAUCCCACCCCUUACCCAGAAGAUCUGAAAAAUAUGGUCAAGUCUGUUCAGCAUUUGGUGGGAAAACAUAGUCAAGAAGGAUCUGAAGAAAACUCAACCGGCGCCACAAAUAUAGAACAUUCUGCAAAAGAUAAAUAUGAGCAUAAAUGGCCUAUAUCUGCAAAGGAUGUUACACUUGAGAGAUCGUUAGGAGACUCGCCAAAUGAUCUGAGAAUGGGAGAACUGCGGCCAACUCUUAGUGAAACGCCACUAUUCAAACCCAAAGUCGUCUUGUUGAGUAAAGAGAAGAAAGAAUCAACAGAUGAAUCAGAAGGUGACAGAAUCAACAACAGUGGCUCUUCGGCUAGCUACUCAGACUACUCGCCUUCUCAGGGGUCAUCUGCUUCUUCUGGAGUACCUAUUAAAGUCAGCACUUUACAGACUGCAGUCAAAGAUGGUGUGGCAGCUUCAUCCUGGGGAAACAGCAGGUUAACACAGACAUUUCAACAAAACAUUGAAGCAAAACCUUUACUCAGCCAGAGGGAGGCAGCAUCGACAGCAAGUCUACAACAACGUAAUGAGAGGCGCCCCAUGAAUGAAACAUUUUCUGAUAAGUGGAAUGAUAAUUCACAUUAUGAUAAUACAGGUUUUGUCGCAGAAGAAAGCACGUCAAUCUUAGAAAAUCCAAGUGCCAACCCCUUAAUAAGCACAAAAUCAAGGAGCACAUCUGCCCAUGGACGUAGGCCAUUAAUGAGACAGGACAGAAUUAUAGGAGUGCCACUGGAAUUAGAACAGUCAAUGCAUACAUUACACAGCGUCAGAAAUACGCCAGAAACUGAAGUGCCUCCAAGUAAUCCUUGGCAAAACUGGACUAGGACACCUAGUCCAUUUGAGGAUAGGACAGCAUUUCCAUCAAAGUUGGAAAGUACCCCUUUCAGCAGCCCUAUUCCUGAUAGGAAAGAUUCAGAACAACAGUCAGUGCAUGGAAUUACCGAACUGCCCAGUCCCUUUAUAUCAGGUGCUCCAUGGAGUUUUCUCAACUCGAGAGAAUCCAAUUUAAAUCGAAGUCAUGCAGAUAAAUUCUCACACAUCUGCAGACCUGAGUCUGCAAAGAGUGCUAUUAUUGCCAGUAAAAGUACAGAAAGACUCGCACCAAUGAUGAGAUCGGUUAAAGCUGGCCAGUUUAAGAAAUCCCAAAGUAUCGAUGAAAUUGACAUUGGGGCCUUCAAAAUUUAUAACAUACCACUGGACAGUUAUGGCUCCAGCUCAGAAAAUCCUGGCAGCAUUGAUAUACCAGAACAAAUGCCAACACAAGAACAAGGUAUGUCACGCAGUCUUUCUGCUCCAAUGUUGGAUGAAGAUUUAUCAGAAACAUAUGGAAGUGGAAAGAUUUCUCAAAGGGUUCCAAUUACAAAAAAAGUGUACCAUUUCGACCAAAGUUUCAAUCCCCAAGGUACAAUAAAUGUUAAACCUGAGAGACGAGUAACCACUUCUUUUACACAUAAUGUUGACUAUGGUGUCCAUCAAAACAAAAAUGUUUCAAAAGAUCUCAUUAGUCCACGUUCAUUCAGAGGUUACCAACCUGUGGAACAAAUGUAUUCAUUCUCCCAACCUUCAGUGAAUGAUGAACCAGCUAAUCCUCGGUUUUCAAGUCAAGGGGACAGGGCUGGAUAUUUGAGAAGAGGAGAUUCCUUAGCAACCUCCACAGAAAUGAUGUUGCAUCGAAGGGUAAAUGAAGCUUCAGAGCUAUCACAAAAUGAAAGAUAUGUCAGGACACACUUCAGAGGAGUUUUAGAACACCAGAACAGUGCAUCAUUGGUUGAAUCACAGUAUCUCAAAAGGAAUGGAAGAUAUGAAGAAGAUUAUUCAACAUUCCAAGAUAUAAAAAGUCAGGGUAGGAAUUUCCAAGAUAAACCUCUAACUCAGAGGAGACCUUUGUCUGCGAGAAGCUACAGUACAGAAAGCUAUGGGUUUUCUCAAACCAGACCAGUUUCAGCAAGGCCUACCAUGGCAGCUCUAUUAGAAAAGUUGCCUUCAGAUUAUAACAUCAGUAACUACAAUGAAAAGCCUUCAGAGAGCAAUGAUAUAAGGAUCAGGUCUUCACAGUUGAAAGGAGAUGAGAACUCUGCUAAAAUACCUCUAGACUGGAGACAACAACUGCUCAGGCAUAUAGAAGCUAAAAGGUUAGAUAGGACUCCAUCACAACAGAGCAAUGUGCAUGACAGUGAACUGGAGGAUAUAUCUCCCACCAGUCAAUGGAGCACAUAUGCACUGGGAAGGAGGGAUGUACCACCAGAGAGCAUUGUUAAAAAGCUUCCUGAAUCUUUGCCUAAUGGGCUGAAUUACCCACAGGCAGGUAGCCACCCUCACCAAGGGCAAAGUGCAUUGGGGUCUUCACCACAAAGCCUGCAGCAUCGACCCAGGGAACAGCAAUAUGAAGGAGCUGUAUCAAAGGUGACACUUCAGCAGUAUCAGAAGCCUUUGCAGAUUGCCAUUUCGUCUUCGCAGAAUAUUGCUAGUCCUCGAGCAACUCAACCCAGCAGAUGUCUGACAAGUAUUAAACCACAAAAGAGCACAGAAAGCUACCAGGAACAGUUUUGUGUGAGAAUAGAGAAGAAUCCUGGCCUUGGCUUCAGUAUAAGUGGCGGAAUAAGUGGACAAGGGAAUCCAUUCAAGCCUUCAGAUAUGGUUGAUGCCAGCUAUCAAAGGAUGAGCAGAAGUCAGCUACAGAUGGUAAAGGGAAAUGGUGGAAUCUUCGUUACUAGAGUACAACCUGAUGGACCAGCAUCCAAUCUGUUACAGCCUGGAGACAAGAUCCUUAAGGCUAAUGGACACAACUUUACACACAUGGAACAUGAGAAGGCAGUGUCACUUCUUAAAAGUUUUCAGAACACAGUGGAUCUGAUAAUCCAACGCGAGAUUCCAACCUAGAACUUUUCUUUUCCCACUAGAAAAAUGUUUAAGAUUAAAACCUUUCACUGCAGCUUCCUGUGAGGAAAGCCAGGCAAUUUAUUUUCCAAUUAUUUUGCCAAUUGCUGGACCAAUGGCAACACAUGUGCCAAAAUUAUUAGACACUUACCUAUCAUUAUUAUGUUCAGUAUUUUAUCUUUACAAAUUGAUCAUUUAUGAGAUUGACAUUUAUGUAGUGACUUUACAUCCUGUCAACUAGAGGCUGUGAAAUGGCAGGUCAUUUGGUGCAAACAUUUAAUUAUUAUAUAUUCUUAAUUAUAAUAUAAUUAUAUUAUAAUUUAAUAUAAUUAUAUAUACACACUAUAUAUAUAUAAUAUAUAUCAUUCAUUCUCAGAGUUGGUUAAUCAUUAGCUCCCUUAGCACCAAAAGCACACAUGGUCUUUAGAUAUUGCACCACCAUAAAACACUGCCUCAAUCUUGUAUAUGCCUUUUUUGUAAAAAGCAAAAAUACAUCAACAAAUGCAGCAAAUUAUGUACUGAGAAAUUUACAGCUAUUUUCUUAUUAAUUAAUAUCUGAAAGAGAAUUUGGACAAGAAAGGGGGUUCAACAAAUAAUGUUAUCUAUUUCAUGAAAACCAAUCAAAAAUAUUGGAAUUCCAAGAUGUUUGUAUACCUGGUUAAACAAUAUCAAAAAGUGUCCUCCUGGCUAUUCUAUUGCUUUCUUUUAUAAGAAAUACUUAAAAGUAGAAAUGAAGUCAGGACAGGAGCAAGUUGAAUUUCACUUACCAUAAA